AUGAACACAACACAAGAAUGUGUGUCUACUGUGCGCACACAUUCAUUACACACGCCCGUCUCCCGCUCCUCUUUGUGUGUAUUGGAUCCGUGGCGUAUAUCAAAAAAUACACGAGUGACCCAGUCGGAAAUAGAACCUCCAAACACCACGAGAUCACAGACACCAUUAGGUGAGCAACCUCAGACUAAAUUCGUGCGGCACCACCUGAAACCGCACAUCACCUUGACAAUACCGAAACCCGUGGACAAUCACUAUUGCAUGGGAUGUGAAAACACACUUGCGAGAGGAAAAGAAAGAUGUACAUCAUCAAUAGUAUUCGGAAUGAACACGCGACCCCUGGGGCACAAAACCCGGCGAAAAGUUCACCUGGACGCCGUAAAAGCCAACAAAUAA